AUGGAGAUGAGGCCAUCCGAGCUGGAGGGGGAGGGCAGCAGACGGUGUCCCCCUCCCCCACGUGGCUGUGGUCAGUCAAAGGAACAAGCACACGGGGCCGAGGCCCUAGUGUGGGGCCCGUUUUCGGAGAAGCCAUACAGGCUGCCGGGGAUACCCAAGUCUUCGCCUCAAACUUCAGGCCGGCCUGGCUUCGGGGUCCCCAAGCAGCAGCUGGCGGUGGGCUGGGGCCACCAGUGCGGGGAGGAAUCGACCUCCUUCGUUUCGAACAUUUUCAAGGGAAAAAUUGUCAUGAAGGACGUGUUCCCCUUCCCAUUAGUUCUCAGUGAGGAGCAGUCAUCCUUCCUGAAGUCGCACUACAAUUCCUGCAAAGGCUUCUUUGAGAAAGUGAAUGACAUGACUUGGAAUGAUGAGAAUGAAAAAAUUGAGGCGGAGACUCUGAAAGGACUCAAGGGGCUGAAGCUGUUUGGGUUACAAGUGCCCGAAGAGCUAGGAGGCCUGGGGCUGACAAACACCCAGUUUACUCGCAUGGUGGAGAUCUUGGGCUGGCAUGACCUGGCAGUAGCUGUCACUCUGGGGGCCCACCAGGCCAACGGCUUUAGGGGGAUCCUGUUGUUUGGAAACCAGUAUCAGAAAGAGAGAUAUAUCCCUGACCUGGCCUCUGGAAAGUCUCUGGCUGCAUUCUGCCUGACGGAGGCAACGGGCGGCUCCGACACAGCCUCCAUCAUGACCACGGCUGAGGUCAGCGAGUGUGGGAAAUACUAUACCUUGAAUGGUAGAAAAAUAUGGAUCAGCAAUGGCGGGAUAGCAGAGAUCUUUACAGUGUUCGCCAAGACCCAAGUGAAGGACUUGACCACAGGAGAAACGCACGGAAAAAUCUCGGCCUUCAUUGUAGAAAAAGACUUUGGGGGCGUGACCAGUGGCCCCCCUCAGAAGAAGAUGGGCAUCAAGGCCUCCAACACCACGGAAGUCCACUUCAACAACGUGAGGGUCCCUGCCGAAAACUUACUGGGGGACUUCGGGGACGGCUACAAGAUUGCCUCGAACAUUCUCAACAGUGGCCGCUUCGCCAUGGUCUGUGCCCUGGUGGGGACGAUUCGCAAACUGAUCAUCAAAGCGACUAACUUUGCUGCAACCCGGAAACAGUUUGGCACCACCAUAAGCAACCACGGGAUCAUCCAGAAGAAGCUGGCCCGCAUGGUCAUGUACCACUAUGUCACCGAGUCCAUGGCCUACAUGAUCAGUGGAAACCUAGACAGGCAAGUGUCCGACUUCCAUCUGGAGGUGGCCAUCUGCAAGAUCUUUGCUUCCGAGGCGGCCUGGGAAGUCAUCGAUGAGUGUAUUCAGGUCCUCGGAGGAAUGGGCUACAUGAAGGAAGGCGGAGUAGAGCAGAUCAUGAGGGACCUCCGAAUCUUCCGCAUUCUCCAGGGCACCAACGACGUCCUCCGCGUCUUCAUAGCUUUGGGAGGCCUGCAGCACGCAGGGGCCCAGCUGAAAGACCUUCAGUUCAUCCUGGAGAACCCCAUGGACAACACCUCGAUCCUCUUCACCGAGCUUGGCCUCAGAGCAGUGGGCUGCCACGGCCUGCCCUCGCCUGGCUUCCAUCCCAAUGAAAGGCUGACUUCAAUCCGUGGAGCCCCCGCUGCCUACCGGGGGGCAAGAUCCGACAACGGAUCCCGGAAGGCUUCCGAGGCGUCGUCGGGCCUCCGGACCCCAGAAGCCGAGGGAGUCGGGAAAUGCGGGGGGCUGUCGCAGCCCCGUUGGGUGAAAGGGGACUCCAAGCCUGACUUCGGUGAGAAUCGGAAGAGCCGCGCUCGCCCAUGCUUGGGUUCCUCCCCUGCUUUCUGCAAGGCCUGCUCAGAAGCUGCUCCCACGUUGGGCCUGGGGGGUCUGGGGGGCCUGGGAUUCCCACAAGGCACAGAGAGGAGAAGAGAGACCCGAGCCUCCAUCAGCAGAGACGGCCCCGAGGAGCCGCGCUCCGGUCCGCUGGAGUCUGGGCCCGGUUCCCCAGAAGCACCUGGUGCCGGCAGGGCUGCCGCGAGUGACCGCCGGGGGCUUCCGAUGGCCCUCCUGAGCCGGCCGCCGGGAUGGCACAGCGGAGGAGGCUGGCCUGAACUCCUCGGGACCUCCUGGGCCGUGCCAGGGCUCGUCCGGGCAUCUCCUCCUCUGCCCCGUAAGGCGCCUCCCCCGCCUCGCGUGGCCUCCGUGGCUCUGGCAUGGAUUCAUCAGGUCUCCUCCUCUGAGCCUCACCCGAAAGCCAGCUAUGCCUAUCGGCACGGACGCCCCCCAGCAGUCAUCGUGGCCCCCCGGAACUCGGGGUCCUGGCCGAGGGAUCCUGCCCGUCUCCUGAUCUCGGGCCAAUUCAGGGCGCCCCAGAGCGGCCCACAAGAGCCUGGGGGCCCCAAGGAGCCCCGGGCAGCCGCCGUGCCGCGCUCAGGGAGCACGAUAGGGCUGCCGACGGGCCUCUCUCUCGAUGGAGCGGUCAGCGAACACCUGGCGGACACGGCGAGCCUGGUGACUAAAUGUGUGGACCUGUUCUCGGAGGCCAUCGAGAUCCUGCUCAUCAGAUUCGGAACAGAAGUGAACUGUACGUCCUCCGGCCUCCUCCCGGCCCUCGACCGGCAGUUCCACCUGAAGAAAAUCGCUGACACGGCUAUCGACAUCUACUCCAUGGGGGUGGUGCUCUCCAGCUUGAACUGGGGCUCUGGGGCACUGAUGCCCACAGCUGCCUCUCAGGGCACAACCUCCUGCUGCUGGAAAUCUGGCUGGGCACAAUACUCUGCCUGGAGGGAUCUGGGCUUCAUCUCCCCGGCAGAGGAGGACUAA